UGCCCUGUUGCCCAGGAUGGUCUUCAACAGAGCUCAGAUCUACUCAGGUCUGCCUGUAAAAGGAUCUCUCGGAUCAAUAAGCAUGAAUGACGAAGACUACAGCACCAUCUAUGACACAAUCCAAAAUGAGAGGACAUAUGAGGUUCCAGACCAGCCAGAAGAAAAUGAAAGUCCCCAUUACGAUGAUGUCCAUGAGUACUUAAGGCCAGAAAAUGAUUUAUAUGCCACUCAGCUGAAUACCUAUGAGUAUGAUUUUGUGUCAGUCUAUACCAUUAAGGGUGAAGAGACCAGCUUGGUCUCUGCCCAGUCAGAAGACAGAGGCUACCUCCUGCCUGACGAGAUAUACGCUGAGCUCCAGGAGGCUCAUCCAGGUGAGCCCCAGGAGGACAGGGGCAUCUCAAUGGAAGGGUUAUAUUCAACAACUCAGGACCAGCAACUCUGCCCAGAGGAGCUCCAGGAGAAUGGGAGUGUGAUGAAGGAAGACCUGCCUUCUCCUUCAAGCUUCACCGUUCGGCACAGUAAGACCUUCUCUACCAACAAGUAUUCCUCCACCUGCUAUUCUGAUGCUGAAGGUUUGGAAGAAAAGGAAGGAGCUCACAUGAACCCUGAGAUUUACCUCUUUGUGAAGGCUGGAAUCGAUGGGGAAAGCAUCGGCAACUGUCCUUUCUCUCAGCGCCUCUUCAUGAUCCUCUGGCUGAAAGGAGUCGUGUUCAAUGUCACCACUGUGGAUCUGAAAAGAAAGCCAGCUGACCUGCACAACCUAGCCCCCGGCACGCACCCGCCCUUCCUGACCUUCAAUGGGGACGUGAAGACAGACGUCAAUAAGAUCGAGGAGUUCCUGGAGGAGACCUUGACCCCUGAAAAGUACCCCAAACUGGCUGCAAAACACCGGGAAUCCAACACAGCGGGCAUCGACAUCUUUUCCAAGUUCUCUGCCUACAUCAAAAACACCAAGCAGCAGAACAAUGCCGCCCUUGAAAGAGGCCUAACCAAGGCUCUAAAGAAAUUGGACGACUACCUGAACACCCCUCUACCAGAGGAGAUUGACGCCAACACUUGUGGGGAAGACAAGGGGUCCCGGCGCAAGUUCCUGGAUGGGGAUGAGCUGACCCUGGCUGACUGCAAUCUGUUGCCCAAGCUCCAUGUGGUCAAGAUUGUGGCCAAGAAAUACCGCAACUAUGAUAUCCCGGCUGAGAUGACAGGCCUGUGGCGGUACCUCAAGAACGCCUACACCCGUGAUGAGUUCACCAACACCUGUGCAGCUGACAGUGAGAUCGAGUUGGCCUACGCUGACGUCGCCAAACGCCUCAGCCGAUCCUGAGCACAGCCGUUUUGCCCCAUCCCCGCUGCAGAAGGACUUAACCACUCCCCUAAGACUCCAGCUUCGUAGACACCUGUUUAUCACUGCCUUGAGGUGCACUUUUUGUAAUCAAGCCUCAUCUUGCUGGUAUCAUGGGAACUCCAGCCUGCUAUCUUUCACGAAGGUCAGCACCAUCCCUGGCCUCCUCACAUAGGAAUCUAGCAGAAAUGAUAGACACAGUCCACCUCUCGGCCGGCCAGCCAGAUCUGGGCUCAGCAUGUUUGGGCUCAGUCAUUGUUGGAGAGCCCACAUAUGGGAUUGCCACUAGCUUCUUCUGCCAAUAUCAAAAUACCUUCUCAGACGCUUUAGAAACAUGCAACACCAACUCCUUUUCUACCCUCCUCUCCGUCCAUACCUACAAGGUCAAGGACAAACAUCAUCUUCAUCCUUCUUAGAAAGAGAUCUAUUACCUCAUUAGGGGAGACAGAGAGAGUGAAUGCAGGAGGACGGAGCUGGCUAUGGACUUGGGUGUGUGGCAAACACAGCUUCAGUCUCACUACUUCUGACACUCCGGUUAUUGGGCACUAAGGGCCAAACUGGAAAGUCACUUGAGACACAUUCUCAGUUUGUUGCAGUGCCAGGAAUGCUGCGCUGCUGCUGCUGCCCACCUGGACCAUGCUGUCCCUGGCUUCCAUGCUGUCCAGGCCCUGCCAGAAAAGGAAAUUGGCAUGCAAUUCUAAACUGCAGUGACUGGGAUGGGAGGGGAGGGGAGCAGUGUUGAUGCCAAAAGGCUCAUGGGGUCUACCAGCCAUGGGGUUUGCUUGCUUAGGAGUAGUUGUUUCAGUGGUGAUUACAGGCCUGGAUUUGACUGUGCUUACCAAUGAGUGGUUUUUGAGCUAUGAGAAAGUGGAUGGGAGUGGGAGGAGGAGGGAUGGGUGAAGACAAAAGAGUUCUUUAUGAGCCUCGAUGUUCCCUGGUAAACUUUUAAAAAGGCCUUUUCUCAUGAUCUAAGUCUUGGACUGGUGGCAUCAUGUAACUGCUAACCUUACAGUAAAAACCCAAGAAUGGGCCAAAAAUGUCUUCCCAGUUUCUCCAAGCUGCUUCUGGAAUGCAGGUCUGUCUGCUGGGUGCUCUCCAGCAGCUGCUCCUGCCUGAUUCAACUGUAGCCUGUAAUGGGUAAAAGCCACAUUUAGGAGGUGGUCUGAUCAUGGAACACCUUAGGAAGAAAGUCCAUGAGACUUUCUGACUAGGAAACCGUGUGGUUUGAACUUGAAGAAAAAUGUAGACCCAUCUGGGUUAAUUUUCCUGCAAUCAGACUCAACUGCCAGGUGAAAAAAAAGGAAAAAUUUUUAAGCUUAUAUUUCACUCUUUUGUCAUUCUCCUUGAGUUUCAUCUCCUAAAAAGCUUACCCAGCCCGAGCUUGGGGACCUGUGCAGAGGAAACUAAGAAAAAUGCACUCAUCAACUCCCUCUCCCAGUGAACGCCCAGUGAGAAAAUCCAUUUGCCACAGGCCCUUACCUUCAACAAUCCCCCUUCUAUAGUGUUUGCUGGGAAAGGGUGAGGCUCCCAAGUGCCGGAAAGCCCCUGGACUUGGCUCAUUUCUCAGCAAGGGCAGGACAGCACGGGUCCUUUCCAUAGAAACAUCAACAAAUUCUAACCCAAGCAAUCCCUGGACCUACCUGCCUCCAGGGAUCUCUGAAGAAAAAAAGUGACCCAUUGAUCAAAUCAGAGGAGAGGAAGCAGGAGGUCUCCUAGAGCCCAUUGAGGAAGAGGAACUUUCUCAGUAGGACACUUUAUAAGCCUGAGAAAGCUUUGAAAAGGCAGAAUGAGUUGAUUCAUUUCCACCUCUAAAGGAACCUUUCCAGGUCCCCCUGGAAACUGGGCCCUGGAGAUGUUUAACAAGGAGAACUGGUGAGGAAACAGUCCUUUUUUACUGUAGGGAAAAGCCCCAAACUGGCCUCCUGGGGGAUGAGGGCUGGAAUGAUCCCGAAGGCCUUUUAAUUAGUGUGAAAUCCUGUUGUACUCAGAAAUCCUUCCCCGAAUUUACAGCACAGGCAAGAUGACCUAAGAGGCAGUUUACUUCCCUGAGACCCACAGUUGGGCUGUUCUGGAAACACAUCUGUGAGUCAUAGCCAAUUGCCACAGAGAAAGCAGAACCAAGCCUCCGGUGAGGCGACUCCACCCCAGAGAAGUCUGCAGAAUUCCACGGACUGGGAUUGGAUGUUCAGAAUUCAGCAACUGGCAAGUCCUUAAAAACAAACAGGCCAAACCAAAUCAAUAUUGCUGUUUCUAGAUGUCCCUUCUGUGGCUGAGUUAGUUUUACAGAGAUAAAUAUAUUAAGACAAGGAGGUGGUGGUGUUAUAUGAUCAAUUAUAGCCAUUUAAAAGAGAGGGAGGAGUUACAGAAGGAAGGCGCUUCUGGGUACUUAAUUCAGAAAUUUCUUUAUAUUUCAGCACUGGAUUAUCAUAUAAUGCAAGUGACUAUGGACUAAGCGUUAUGGUGUCUUAUGACUAGAUUUAUUAUGUUAUAUUAAAGUGAUGGUAAUAUUAAUAUUACCUUCUUUUUUUUUUUUUUCCAAAAGAGAUCUUUCUCCAGAUGCUUCAGCCUGUCUGGGCUUCUUAUCAUAUGUGCAGCACAUCAUGUCUCAGCAACAGUGUGGUGAGGUCCUUAGGUGCCCCAAGAACAACUCAGGGAGCACGGGAGGGUCUGCAGUUGGGACCCCACACUACACAGCUAUAGGGUAGGAGGCUUCCUUUUCAUUGGUCCUGAAUGAAUACAAAUCACUCAGAAAGCAUUUUGGUGGCAGAGAAAGGGGAUGUAUUUGUGUAGAAAUCUUAUUUUAUUUUGUAUUUAUUUAUCUUCUUUGACUUGCACAGCAUUAUUGGGGGUGGGGGAAGCAGGGUAGUGGGAGACGAAGGCAGAAGCAAGAGUCAAACUCAGAAUGACUGAGUUGAAUUCACUGUCAAUUCAGUGCUGCCUGCUUCUGAAGCUGGCCCAGAGAGAAGGUAUUGAGUGAGAUUUUACUAACUACAAAAAGUAAGCUGGAUAAGUAAAAUCAUGAUGGAUCUGGAGCACAGUUUCUUCAUCUCCUGAUAAAGAAAGUCAAAUGCUUGAUAAAUUCAGAGUCACAGGUGUGAGCAUGGCUAUAUUCUUUUAAACAAGAGGUAGAGUGAUCUAGCACUAAGCAAAUGAGCUGAAAUGUUGGAAACACGGUCCAUCAGCUUAUUUGGCCACAUGAUCCCAAACUAGUUUUAUCUUGGGAAAUGGCCCUGUCCUCAGCAUUCCCUUCUUGUGCUGGUGGGGCCAGCGAAGUCUUGAUCUUAUCAGAAAAAGGCCAAGAGCAAGGUUUCCCAGGCUGCCUUUUCAGGCCCUUAUCAAAUGAAACAACAGAAGCUCUUCACAGUUCUGUGCCCCAUGGCCACUCCACAGACAGACAAUACCAAGCAUCUUAGAAUUGUCAUAAGAUGGGUGAUGCCUGAAAUAGAUCUUGACCAUAUGAGGGUCCCAGAAAUCAGCAAGGCCUGGACAAAUAGAACUAAGAGGGAGGCAGAGGCAGGAAGAUGCGGGUCUACCUUGUAAAGAGUUUAGCAUCACUGUGAGUGUGUGUCUAAAAUUAAAUUAAUCUAGAAGCAGCAGGUAGGUAUUCGGUAAGUACUUCUGUGACUCGCCUCAAUUCCCACUGACCGGGGAUCAUCUUGACUGCACAGUGAAUCAAGAUGCUGGUGUCAUCCUCCUUGGAAAGAGGAAAUGGUAACUCAUGGUUAAAACUAAGUACAAUGAUUCCCAAGGGAUCACUUUCUUAUUUUUUUAAAUGACAUUAAGGAGAAUCUUAAGAAAGCAUCAGAGAAAGACGUGUGCAUGUGAAGCACCCUGAUUCUGAUGUUAGGAAAACUUAAGCGAACAGGACCUGCUGCACACAGCCCCAUUGUCUUCUAUCCAUUUCUCUUUAUCAUUCAAAUCAAGCAACAUGUGCCCUCCUCAUCAACACAUAUUCUCCUUUGUCAGUAUGCAUCUCCCAGCUUAGUGUCAGGAUACUUUCGAUUCAUAAUUAUGUAUGAUCCAAAGUGUGCAUAAUUUCAUUUAACAUUAUUUAAAGAAAUAGAUCCAAUUCUUCUUUUGCAACCAAAAAUAAAUAAAAUACGUUGCCUCAAUAUAAGGUUGGGCUAUUCUGUGUUUCUAUAGAAGCAAUCUGUUUUUGGUAACAUGUACUUUUAAGGAUCCAGUCAUCUAAAGUAUUUUAUGUAGAGUUAGAGAUUUCACAAUAUUGACUAUACAUAUAUUUAAAAUAUAAAUUAUCCAGCUGAUGUUUGAAUUUGUCUUACUUUCCUGGCCACCUCGUUGUCCUAUUUUAUAAGCUGGGGAGUUAACUAGCUUAACAAAAGAUGCUUAGCUUUUGUAAAAGAGCAAGUGUUUCAUUUUACAAAGACUCUCCAAAUGAUGGUUACUUGAUUUUCUCGAGACCUUUAACUGUGGUGAUGAAAUAAUGGGACUUGCUUUCAAGCCUUAAUAAAUGUAAAAUGCCUUUUAAUGAAGAUACAGCUGAGUGUUUUCCUCAUGGAUCUGAACCAAUUACAAAUUUGUGUUCCAGUCUUGAUUGGUAUCGACUGAUUCAAAUAAAGUUGGUUUAUUUUCAAAUAUUAC